CUGGCUGUCAUGUGGCUGUCAUCUACGGCUGUCAAUCGGAACGGGCGGCGAGGUUAGGUUUUGUGUUGAUUUUCGAGAGGGCUGUGUGGUUUUAGAGCUAUAUUAAGCCACUAGUGGCGCAAAUUAGUGGGUGGUGGUGACCGUGCUAAUGUAUCUGUAGUUCAGUGCGAAUAAAUGAAGCCCCUCAAGCCCUCCGAAACCAUCUACAAGAGCCAGGGGACGUGGACGGACGCCCUCACCGUGUGCAAAAACACGGGAAUCGGCUACUCCACGAACCAGAUUUACCGCGAGGAUGGAAAUCCCCAGGAAGACCACUCGUACGAGGACUGCAGUUGCCACUAUGAGUUUAACAAAGGGACCUGCUGGUACGCCGUCUUCGACGGCCACGAGGGCAAGCAGGCUUUGCAUUUUUCGUCGCAGUUGACGGCCGAGAUUUACUUCUCGCAGUUGACGGAAAAGAAAACCGAUGAUGAAGUGCGCGAGAUCAUCAGACAGGCGUUCAUUUCCGUCGAAACUGGGUAUAUGCAGUCCAUUGGGGAUUUACUGGCGGAAAGAUUGCAGUAUGACCUUCCAGAGGGGUUGAGCGCCUAUGAAGCCUACCAGAAAGCCCCCCAUGCUGUGGAAAGUUUGAAACGAAUUAACUCGCAGUUGUCGUCAGGGGCGGCUGCAGCGGUCGCCCUCAUCCACAACAACAAGUUAUACGUGGCCAAUGUGGGUAAUUGUAGGGUUCUUCUGUGUAAAACUGACGCUAAUUCUGUGUUGAAAGUGGUGCAACUGAGUCUGGAUCAUGACUUGAAGAACGAAGAUGAGUUGUUGAGGUUGGCGCAAAUCGGGAUUAAUCGGGAAUAUUUGAGGAAUAGUACGUAUUUGGGGAACCAAGAGAAUACUAGAUGCUUGGGCAACUAUUUGGUUAAAGGGGGCUACAAAGAGUUCGAGGAUCUUAGUACGGCUACUCAAGAACCGGUAUCCGCGGAACCGGAUAUCCACGGAGGGAUCAUCCUCGACGACUCUUGUAGGUUUUUACUGUUAAUGACUGCCGAGUUGUAUAAAACUAUUGAGGAGGCGACGGGCACUGAUCAAGUCAAUAAGUAUAUAGCACAGUGUGUGGUGGAGCAGUUUCGGGAACAAGCGACUUUGACGGGGGUUGCGCAAGCUGUGGUGGAUAAGGCUGUUCGUUUGCACCACGACUGGUACAUGUCCAAUUCCAACUCGGACAAGUCUUGUAGCGCCAAAAGAGAAGACAUUACUUUGGUUUUGAGGAACUUCAACUACCCACUGCCUCAUGCUAUCAAAACACCAACUACACCGUCGUCGAACUCUUCCUUGACCCUAAAUUCGCAUCAGUCACAGAAUACUUUAAUAGACACCAGUAACACAAACAGUACGAUUCGGUCGGACAAUUCCACCGCGACAUCCACGAACAGAACAAUCAAAAUCAAAGAAAUAGGGUCUGAUAACAAAGUUAAACCCUAUGUGGAUUUUUCGGUGUUUUAUAAUAACGCCGAAAUCGCGCGACGGGAGGGCCGCUUACCCGAUUGGUGGAACUCUUAAGCCACUAAAAAAAAAACUGUGUUGCAAUUUUUAUUAACUUUUAACAGUGUACAAAUAUUUGCCGACUUUUAAUAAAAACUUAUUAAAAACGUUA